AUGUUGUCGGCCUCUCGACCUCCCUCAUCUCGUCCCAAUCGUUCCGAUAUGAGAGGUCGUGCGCCUCUACCGGUGCCCUCGGGCCUCCAGAACGGCCAUUCCCGCAACCCCUCCAGUCUCGACAUGGCUCGCAGCCCGCCCAACCCGAGCAACAAGAAUACCAAACAUGUCCCCUGCAAAUUCUUCCGCCAGGGCGCUUGCCAGGCCGGCCCCGCUUGUCCGUUCCUCCACUCGACCGACGCCGCAAUCGACUAUGCGCCCUGCAAGUACUUUACCAAGGGUAACUGCAAGUUCGGCGCAAAAUGCGCACUCGCGCAUAUUCUUCCCGACGGCCGCCGAGUGAAUCGUCCGACUGGCGGCGGUGGUGGUGGUGGCGGCGGCGGCGGUACUGGGAUGGGCAUAGGUGGUGGCAGCCACUUGAAUCUGGGCGGCCGUGUCAACCCGCAGGCAUAUGUCAACCAGGACUCGGCCUUGACGAACUCGGUCCUCUCGCAGCAGCGCUUGAACGGUCACGAGUCACGAUACGCCCAGCAGCUUCCCCCGCAAGAAGACUCCGGCUUCGUGCAUAGUCAGCAGCAGAUGCCUUAUGAUGCUAUCCCCACAAUCGAUACCGGAUUGACCUCCGAUGCCGGCUCAAAGUACGGCUCGCCCAUCGAUGAUGUGCGCUUCCCCAUGUCGCCUACUGCCCGGCACUUGACGGCACUAGAUGCCCCCCUCCCGGCAUCGUUCGAUAGCCAGGGAAUCUCUCAUGCGGCUCGCUAUGGCCCCGUGGCCGCUUCAAUGCCCUCCAAAUUCGGCCUGGAAUUGUCUUCCCCUCCGGCUCAGCGACAGGGCCCCUCGGAUCCUUUCCGGAAUAUUCGCGACGUGGGCUAUGGUGCGGAUCUGCGGAAGCAAUCGUCGAAUGUUGGAUCGUCUCCUCCGGCACCGGAAGAUUCCAUUGGACCCCGGUUCUUACAUUCUUCCCGCCCGGUGAAGCCUCGCAUGCUGUCUGCGAGUGUCCCUCGCCCUGCUCUGCUUGAUGACUGGGAUGAGAACUUCCCCAUGGAGGAAGACUAUCUGCCUAUGAAUCUGCAUGACGACGUCCUCACGCCGCAGGAGAAGCUGCGCCGUCUCUCCCGGACGGACCACGACCUCGGCUCCAGCCAUCGGGACGUCAGUGGCCUCGGCAUGACGAGCACCAGCUUCUCGAAAAACGGCUCCCCACUCGCGUCCAGCCCCUCUCGGUUCGGCGCCCUGUUCGCCAAGCAACGGCAGAAGAAAGAAGAAGAUGCCAUCGGCUCGUCCUUCCCCCACAUCGGCUCUCCUCUCCGUGAAUCGUCGUUAAACCCUGCGGCCAGCCCUAGCCUGGGUCCCAUUGGCAGCCGCGCCUCGCACGAUAGCUCACCAUUCUUCUCCAGCCCCGGCCGCCAGUCGUCCAUGUCCAUGAUUUCUGAGCAGCUCAGCGGCAUGUCCCUCCAUCCCGGCUCGGCACGGCACUCCUCUGCCGGCCCUGGCCGUCUCGAUCGCACCCUCUCCUCAACGACUAGCAAGAUCGAGGAGGAGGAGCAGAGCGACCUGGUCUUCUCCAUGGAAGAGGAGGAGGGUAACAAGCGCAACAGCGUCUCUUGGGACCCUGAAAAUAAGGAGAGCUCGAAUGACUCCUAA